AUGAUUGGUCUCAAAGAGGCAAUGCCAGAGGCCCUCCAAACACAACAGCCUCUGGACCAGCAGCACAUCAUCCAUACCCAACCUACAACAGACACCGAGAGCCCAACUGGCAACCCCUCCAGAAAUGCCUCCAAGGCAAAAGGCGUCACUGUCAUCGUCACACUCGCAGGCGUCAACUUCCUCAACACGAUGGGAUCAGGCAUCCUCAUCGCCGCCCUCCCACGGAUCGCCGUGGACGUGGGCCUCGCCGAUGGUCUCUCGCUAUGGCCAGCCGCGGUCUACUCCCUGGCAGCAGGCUGUCUCCUCCUCAUCUUCGGCGCCGUCGCCGACGUCGUCGGCGCGAAACUGAUGUGGCUGACAGGCAGCUUUCUCUAUGCCAUCUUUACGGUGGCCGUCGGCCUGGCCAGGACCGGUAUCCGGCUCAUCCUCUUCCGCACGAUGCUGGGAAUCUCAAUCUCAACGUGCCUCCCGACCGCCAUGAGCUUCAUCACGAGCACCUUUCCCAAGGGGAACUGGCGCAACGUCGCCUUCUCCAUGAACGGCAUCGGGUUCCCUUUGGGCUACGCGCUCGGUCUGGUCGUCGGUGGAAUUGUCGCAGACACCAUCGGAUGGCGGUGGGGGUACUACAUAAUGGCCAUGAUCAACGUCUGCCUCUCAACUGCGGCAAUCUGGUCUCUUCCAUCUGUGCAUCGACAGUCUGAGAAGACGUGGACUCGCCGUCUCGCCGAGGAUAUUGACUGGAUCGGAGCUAUCAUUGUGAGCGUCGCUUUGGGGCUGCUGCUGUAUGUUUUGGCAAUGACUACUUCGUCUUACACGAAACUCAGUGACGCCUCCAACAUUGCUCUUCUGGUCGUAGCUGUAGUUUUGUUGGUGGCUUUUCCAAUUUGGAUGGACUUCCAAUUCAAGAAUAAUCGACCGGCGCUCAUUCCGAACCGUUUGUGGCGAAAUGCAGCCUUCACAUCCAUCUGCGUAUCCAUCUUUCUCAGUUGGGCCGCACUGAAUUCGAUUCAGUACUUCAUCAUGUUAUUUUUCCAAGAAGUCCAACACGUAUCCGCUCUCCAAAGUUCCAUCCGCUUCCUCCCGCACAUCAUCACAGACACAAUCGUGAACAUGGCGUGCGCGUACCUCGUCUCCAGAGUUAAAGUACAAUUCCUAGCCGGCGUCUCCGCCCUCGUUACCAUUGCCGCGCCCCUCGCGAUGGCCACGGUCAAAAUUGACGGCUACUACUGGUACGCGCCCUUCUGGGCCCUCGCUCUAUCACCAAUCAGCGCAGACGCCCUCUUCACCGUCUCGAAUCUCAUCAUCUCCGACGCCUUCCCGGCAGACCUCCAGUCCCUCGCCGGCGGCGUUUUCGCCGAGGUCGGCCAGAUCGGCAACGCGGUGGGCCUGGCCGUGACGGCGGCCAUCGCGUCCUCCGUGACGGAGCACUCAGCCGCCGCCGACGAGAGGGAAGCGCGCAUGGCCGGCUACCGCGCCGGUUUCUGGGCCAUCUUCGCGGCGACGGUGGCCGUUGUCGUCAUUGCGUUCUGGGGGCUGAGGAAGGGCGGCACGGUUGGGAAGAAGGACGACUAA